UUUGAUAUUUUCCUUUUUAAUUUUUAUUAUCUUUCGUUUACAUUCUAUAUUUUAUCGAUGCCAGCCUAUUAUUCAACCCUCCCGCAGGCCACAGUUCCUCAACAGGAGUGAGAAACUAGAGAGAGAGAGAGAGAUUCUUCCAGGGAGGGAAACAUAAAAUAAACCCUAGGAGAAAGAAAGCUAGCUACGAUUUCAUUCCCACAAUCCUUUCUGAAUUUUCAAUUCGAGAUCUCGAUUCUUCGUUCCAAAGACUCAGAUAUGGUGGUCAGGCAUGAUUGCUGGUGCAUGUCUCUGUUCUUUUCUCAUAUUCUUAAAUAAGUUUCCUCAUUUUGAAGAGUCCUAACUAGUAGGCAAUAAUAACCUAGCUAGCUGGGACACUUGAGAGAAGCUAAGGGUUUGGGAGAACUACGGGACUUUACAAUGUUAUGUAAUGCUCCGAUCAAAAACUAUGGGUCUGGUACUUAGGCUAUGGCAAGUUCCAAGGGGUCAUCAAGUAUUAAAAAUUUUAUGUGCUCUGGAAAGCAUGCUUUACUUCCUCCUAAAAGUCCAUUUCCCAGUGUUUCCCCACCAUAUGCUGAUUUCCCUAGUCCUGCAGUUGGAUCAAAAUCCAUUCAGAAGCCUAGAGAGGGAAAUGUACACCACCAACGAACUUCGUCCGAGAACCUGCUCCUAGAGGAGCAACCUUUUUGGCUUGAUGAUCUUCUUAAUGAACCAGAAGCACCUAUUCGCAGAGGGGGUCAUAGGCGCUCAUCAAGUGAUUCCUUUGCUUACAUUGAUGCAGCACAUGUUUCUAACUUAGAUUGUGUAGCUCAGGACAAGUACAAAUAUAAGAAUUUGAUUUCUGUACCUUCUUGGGGAUCUGAAGACUUUGAUCAUCACAAAGAUGUGCAGCAUGCUUCAUUAUAUGCAGACUUCAACUUGACAAAGCAGAAUAAUAGGGCAUGGGAACCAUCUUACAAUGCUGUGACUAACCCAAGCAGCCAUUCUAUCAGGGAUAACACCAUUCGCCAGAGUUCAGGAUCAUCAUGUUUACUACAGGAAGCUGAUGGGUUUCAAUCUACAGAAAGCGAGAAGCAGGGCCAAGUUGAAUACAGUUCACAAGAUGCAAAAGCUUUUUCUGAAAGAAUGGAUGGUUCUCAUGCUAAGGCUUCUGCUUCCGAGGCGGAUACAAAACGUGCUAAGCAGCAAUUCGCUCAACGUUCACGGGUCCGGAAGCUUCAAUACAUAGCUGAGCUCGAAAGGAACAUACAAGCUUUGCAGGCAGACGGGUGUGAAGUUUCAGCUGAACUUGAAUUUCUCAACCAGCAGAAUCUUAUUCUGAGCAUGGAGAAUAAAGCCCUUAAACAACGGUUAGAAAGUCUAGCUCAGGAGCAGGUCAUCAAAUACUUGGAGCAAGAAGUAUUGGAGAGAGAGAUUGGGCGGCUACGAGCCUUGUAUCAGCAGCAACAGCAUCUACAGCAACAGCAACAGCAGCCAUCUUCUAGCCAUCGACGCACCAACAGCAGAGACCUAGAUUCCCAAUUAGCCAACCUCUCUCUGAAACACAAGGAAGCCAAUUCAGGCCGUGACCCUGUAACGGGUCCACUUCGCAUAUAGGUUGUGAUCUGUCAAGAGCUGUGUAUGUUUCCCACCUCGAUAGGCAUUGCCCUGUCUGUGACCAAAUUUGCCAUUUCCCCUGUGCGAAAUAACUGAUGCCCUCUCUCUGCCAGAUUCUUGCCGUUUCAUUCCUUUUUUUAACCUGUUAACCUGAUAUCUUCAUGUGCACCUGGUAGUCAUAGCCAGAAAAUUAUUCAUUUCUGACAGGUGACUUAUCGGAGGUGGUAACUCAAAACAGAUUUGAUGUGUCAAUCUGUAUGUUUCAGAGAACAUUAAUCCAUUGAAGUUUUUUCUCCAUUUGUUGCCCAUUGAGAAUUCCACAUUUGUGGAGUUGAACCCCGUGCAGAGAUCUUUAGCGCAGUUUGGAUGUACACCCGUUAUGGCAAGAUAAUGCGUACUUGUAAAAUGUUUUUAAUGAAACCCAUGUUUAUUAUUGGGUUUUGUUUUUGGUAUGGUGAGAAAUUUAAUUUCUUGAAUGCACA